AUGCUUUUCAAUUUAUCGUUACCGGAAGUGAAUGAAGAACGAAUGGAACGACUGGAUUCAUUAAUAGAAGUGGUUAAGGAACGGACAGCGUCGCCGAAUAUAGCUGCCCAAGAAACGAAUGCUGAACAAAAAUUACGGAAUCCUGUAUCUCCAAAAAAAAUAUGGAUGAAAAGACAUAUAAUGGAUCAGACGGAUGAAAAGCUGAGUGGUUAUUCGGAAUGCAACAAAACUUUCUUGCAAUCAUCCUUGCAAAAAAAUUUGAUAAAUCGUACCCGCGAAAAGCCAUACAAUUGUUCAGAAUGUGGAAAACGUUUCAUUUCUUCAUCAAAAUUGAAAAUUCAUAUGUUGACCCAUACGGGUGUAAAGCCGCACGGUUGUACAAAAUGCAAAAAAAAUUUCUCCCAAUUGUCGAGUUUGGAAAGACAUAUGAGGAUUCAUACCGGUGAAAAACCGUAUAAUUGUACAGAAUGUGGAAAACGUUUCUCUCAUUCAUUUGCUAUUAAAACACAUAUGAGGAUUCAUACCGGUGAAAAGCCGUACAAUUGUUCAGAAUGUGGAAAACGUUUCUCUGAUUCAUCAAAUUUUAGAGAACAUAUGAGGAUUCAUACCGCUGAAAAGCCGCACAAUUGUUCAGAAUGUGGAAAACGUUUCUCUCAUUCAUUUGCUUUUAAAACACAUAUGAGGAUUCAUACCGGUGAAAAGCCGUACAAUUGUUCAGAAUGUGGAAAACGUUUCUCUGAUUCAUCAAAUUUUAGAGAACAUAUGAGGACUCAUACCGGUGAAAAGCCGUACAAUUGUUCAGAAUGUGGAAAACGUUUCGCUGAUUCAUCAAAUUUUAAAGAACAUAUGAGGAUUCAUACUGGUGAAAAGCCGCACAAUUGUCCAGAAUGCGGAAAACGCUUCUCUCGUUUAUCCACUUUUAAAGUACAUACGAGGUUUCAUACCGGUGAAAAGCCGUACAAUUGUUCAGAAUGCGGAAAAUGUUUUUCUAAUUCAUCGGAUUUAAAAAAACAUAUACGGAUUCAUACCGGCGAAAAGCCGUACGGUUGUUCCGUGUGCGAGAAAAGAUUUUCUCUGAAAAGCGUUUUGAACAAGCACAUGAAAACUCAUCGCAAAGAAAAUUCCUCAUCCAAUUGGAUUGUAUGCAACCAAAGCAAUUCAUCAUGA